CAACAGUCUCUUUCCAGUCCCCCUGCAAACGAACGGUGAAAUGGCGUCGGCUCAGGAUUACAGCACCUACAACCAGACCAGCGCCCAGCAAGGGUAUGCCUCUUAUGCUGCCCAGCCCUCACAAAGUUAUGGACAGUCUGCACAGCAGAGCUAUGGCCAGCAGAAUUAUGGAUCAUAUGGGCAACCUGCUGCUGCUGCAGCUGAUGGCACGUACACCCAGACGACCCCAGCAGCUGGAACCUACCCUCAGCAGCAGCAACAGUAUGGAUCCUCAUAUGGACAACCAGCCUCAGCUGGAUAUCCUGCUGCCCAGUCUACCUCACAAGGCUACUCACAGUCAGCCCAGGGCUAUGGAGCCAGUGGUUAUGAGAGUACUCCAGCUGCUGCUGCUCCAGCUGCUUCCCAGUCUUAUGGCUCUCAGCCAGGUUAUACUGCUCAAUCCGCUUAUCCUGGUUAUGGCCAACAGGCAGCUCCCACAACACCACAGAGUUACAAUGCUAAUGGCCAACCAGCUACCUACAGCCAGAGUAGCUAUACACAGCCAGCAGGAUAUGGACAACAACAGCCUGGUUACCAAGCCCAGCAGGCAGGUUACAGCCAACAGCAGGGCUACAGUCAGCAGACCCAGCAGCAGACACAGGCUCCUCCUGCGUACCCUCCUCAGGCUGCUGGAUCCUAUGGACAGUCUCCAGCCAGCUCUUAUGGCCAACAAGGUGGACCACCCAGUUACAAUCAGUCCAGCCAUUACAAUAAUUACAGACAAGAUGGCCAGGGUGGAGGCUCUGGUUACUCUGGCUCUGAGUCUUCAAGGUACCCAGGGGCAGGGGACAGCAGGGGCCCUGGCAGAGAUGGCUUUGAACGUGGUGGAAUGAUGCAUCGUGGGCGCGGAGGAAUGGGUCGUGGCAUGGGCGGCGCUGGCGACAGAGGUGGCUUCAGUAAGCCUGGUGGACCAAACAGCGAUGAGCGUGAAAUGGGACGCCAUGAAGAGCAGGACGACUCUGAGAACAGCACAAUCUACAUCACAGGGUUGACUGAGAAGGCCACUGAGGAGGAAAUGGCAGAGUUCUUUAAACACGUUGGUCCAAUCAGGACGAACCGCAGACUUGGCAAGCUGGCCAUUAACAUAUACAGAGACCUGGAAUCAGGCAAACCCAAAGGAGAUGCCACUCUGUCCUAUGAGGAGCCAAUCUGUGCCAAAGCAGCUGUGGAGCACUUUGAUGGGAAGGAGUUCCAAGGCCGUAGGCUCAAGGUAGCCAUGGCACGCCGAAAGCCCAUGAUGGGUGGAAUGAGAGGUGGCAUGCCCAUGCGUGAUGGCAUGAUGGGUCGUGGAGGUAUGAUGGGCCGUGGAGGAGACCGCGGUGGGUUUGGACCACGAGGUGGACCACGUGGUAUGGGCAGAGGUGGACCCACAGGAGGCAACAUGCAACAAAGAGCUGGGGACUGGGAGUGUCCAAACCCGGGCUGUGGCAACCAGAACUUUGCCUGGAGAAUGGAGUGUAACCAGUGCAAGGCUCCCAAACCAGAAGGGUUGGGCGGUGGCCCUCCAUUCCCCCCUGGUGGUGACAGAGGCAGAGGUGGCAUGGGAAUGCGCGGGGGCAGAGGAAUGGAUCGUGGGGGUCCAGCCGGAGUCGGAGGCCCAGGUGGUCCCGGAGGUUUCCGUGGAGGCUGGGGAGGCGACCGUGGUGGAUUCAGAGGACGCGGGGGAAUGGAUAGGGGUGGAUUUCGUGGAGCUGGCCGUGGAGGACCACCCAUGGACCGAAUGGGUGGCAGAGGUGGAAGAGGAAUGGGCCCACCAGGAGGAAAAAUGGAAAUGAGGGACCAUCGCCAGGAGCGCAGAGAACGACCCUACUGAAAAACAACAUGACGUUCCUCUUGUGGAAUUUGAUUUUUAAGACAGAUUUUUAAUUUAUGAUUCCAUAUUUCGAGGUUUAUUUGACUGUUAAACAUCCUGUGCAGUUUCAAAAUCGUGUUUCCAUUUAUAUUUUUAAGUUUAGUUUACCCAUGUUUUUGUUGCAUCUUGUAUUGUGCAUGUUUUUAGUUUUGUUGCCGCUUCUUCUUUUCUUUCUUUUUUAAGAAAAUACAGUCUAGGUUUGACAUUGUAUUGUAAAGUGCAUUUAUUUUUCAUUUAUAUACAUAAUUGCCUCCCCUUUUCCCCUAACGUACAAUUGUAUGAUGGCAAAUUUGGGAAAUAAAAUUUUACCAGUUUGA